CUGCGUUUCAAAUAAUCGCUCGUUAGGGCUUUUUCUGGUUCUUGAUUCAUCCUAAUUUUCACUAAUGAUUUCUUCGUAUCACACGUAACUGCGACUACUACAGAGAUUCUUAACUUGUUCUUUUUGUUUAUUGAUCAAUUGUCGAACUGCUCUAGUUAAUGAAGAAGAUGGAUUUGAUGUCUGGUUACAAGGGAGUUGUUGGGCUUGUAUUUGGAAACGAGAAUUCAAGUUCCAACGAGGAUAGCUAUGUUGAACGCUUGCUCGAUUGUAUAAGUAACGGUAAGCUGGCAGAGGAUAGAAGAAAUGCUAUGGCAGAGCUUCAAUCUGUUGUUGCAGAAAGUCAUGCUGCUCAGCUGGCUUUUGGAGAAAUGGGGUUUCCUGUACUACUGGGUGUUCUAAGGGAACGCGACGAUGUUGAAAUGGUUCGAGGGGCUUUAGAAACUCUUGUGAGUGCCUUAACACCAAUUGCUCAUCCGAAACUGCAUGCAAAUGCGGUUCAACCAGCUCUGAUGAACACUGAUCUUCUAUCUAGAGAAGGGCAAAGCAUUUCUCUUCUUUUAAGCCUGCUGUCGGAGGAUGACUUCUAUAUAAGAUAUUACACGCUUCAACUUUUGACUGCUCUUUUAACAAAUUCUCCCAUUAGAUUACAGGAAGCCAUUCUUACUAUCCCUCGUGGUAUAACCCGGCUUGUGGAUAUGCUUAUGGACCGGGAGGUCAUACGAAAUGAGGCCUUGUUACUUCUCACCUACUUGACCCGAGAAGCAGAGGAAAUCCAAAAAAUAUUGGUCUUUGAAGGUGCUUUUGAGAAGAUUUUCAGUAUCAUUAAAGAGGAGGGAGGUUCAGAAGGUGGUGUUGUUGUGCAGGACUGUCUUGAAUUGUUAAAUAAUCUCAUUCGCAACAAUGCAUCUAAUCAGGUGUUGCUGAGGGAGACUGUAGGCUUUGACUCAUUGAUAUCGAUUUUGAAGCUCCGAGGAACCACAUACAGCUUUACUCAGCAAAAGACGAUCAAUCUACUGAGUGUCUUAGAAACAAUUAGUUUGCUGCUGAAUGGAGGUCUGGAAACUGAUUCUGCGAGCAACAAUAAUAGAUUGACAAACAAAACAGUUCUUGUCCAGAGAAAUGUUUUGGACCAUUUACUGAUGCUAGGUGUUGAAAGUCAAUGGGCCCCUGUUUCCGUACGUUGUGCGGCCUUUCAAUGCAUAGGUGAUCUGAUUUCUGGACAUCGUCAGAAUCUUGAUUCCCUUGCAAGUAAAUCGCUUGGUGAUGAACUAGAGGUUGAGCCAGCUCUGAAUUCAAUCCUACGGAUAAUCUUACGCACUUCAAGCAUGCAAGAGUUUAUUGCAGCCGACUAUAUUUUUAAGAGCUUUUGCGAGCAAAACAGCGAUGGUCAAAAGAUGUUAGCAUCUACUUUAAUUCCUCAGCCUAUGUCAAUGACCAAUGCUCGAUUUGAGGAGGAUGUGAACAUGUCCUUUGGAAGCAUGCUGUUGCAUGGCCUUGCCAUGAGUGAACAUGAUGGUGACCUUGAGACUAGUUGCCGAGCUGCUAGUGUUCUUUCUUAUGUAAUGAAGGAUAAUAUUGAAUGCAAGGAAAAGGUUUUACAAAUUAAACUCGAGUCAUCAAUGCCCUCAUUAGGAUCCCCAGAACCCCUAUUGCACCGAAUGGUAAAAUACCUGGCUCUUGCAUCUUCCAAGAAAGUCAAAGAUGGAAAAUCAACUACUCCAAGAAAUUCAUAUUUCCAACCAAUAAUCUUGAAACUGCUUGUCACAUGGCUCUGUGAUUGCCCAACCGCGGUGCAGUCGUUCCUGGAAUCACGUCCCCAUUUAACAUAUCUAAUUGAGUUAGUAUCAAAUGGCGAGACAACAGUUUGUGCAAGGGGUUUGGCAGCUGUUCUUUUAGGGGAAUGUGCUAUUUAUAAUAAAAGCAACGAGUCUGGAAAGGAUGCUUUUACCAUAGUCGAUGCCAUAAGCCAAAAAAUCGGCCUUACAUCUUACUUUCUGAAGCUUGAUGAGAUGCAAAAAAGCUUUCUGUUUUCAACUGCAAAGCCAACUCAACCCCGUAAACCAUUGACAAGAUCAACUGCUAAUAGUAUGGCGGAGAUGGAAGAUAUCGAGGAAAAUGAGGCAACUGAUAACCGGAAUGAUGACCAUCCGAUGCUUGCUUCAAUGUUUGAUUCUCAAUUUGUCAACUUCAUCAAGAAUUUGGAAGUUGGUAUUAGAGAUUGCAUUGUGAAAAUAUACAGUCAUCCAAAGAGCAAUAUGUCGGUGAUGCCAGCGGCAUUGGAACAGAGGAAGGAUGAGAUGGAUGGGGACUAUAUCAAGCGGCUCAAAUCCUUUGCGGAGAAGCAGUGCUCUGAGAUACAGGACCUUCUUAAUAGAAAUGCAACAUUAGCCGAGGACCUAGCCAAUACCGGCGGUGGUGGCACCACCCGCAGCGAACCUAGCGGUGGUGGCGGCUCCGAGAGGGUCCAAUUAGAGAAGCUUCGAAGAGAUCUUCAAGAAGCCUCCCAACAGCUGGAAAUGCUCAAAACUGAAAACUCAAAAAUCGAAACCGAAGCCUCAUCGUACAAAACCUUGGCGGAAAAAAUGGAAACCGAUCUGAAGAGCCUCUCGGAUGCCUACAACAGCCUGGAACAAGCGAAUUAUCAUUUAGAAAUGGAAGUGACGGCAUUGAAGAGUAGCGGGGCUGUUCCAAGCCUGAAUAUCGAGAAAAUUAAAGCGGAAGCACGGGAGGAAGCGCAGAAGGAGAGCGAAGGAGAACUGAGCGAUCUGCUCGUUUGUCUUGGUCAAGAACAGAGUAAAGUCGAGAAAUUGAGUGCGAGAUUGAUGGAGUUGGGAGAAGAUGUUGAUGCGUUGCUUGAAGGUAUUGGAGAUGAUACCGGAAUACCAGACGACGAUGACGAAGACGAAGACGAAGACGACGAUUGAUAGCUGGUAUGGUUGUGUUUCGAUUAUUUAAGUAAAUUACAAACUUGCCCUUUUGCUUUCGUCAACUUUCAAAUAUGUAUCGUGUUGGGAUUUUCUUUUGUACAUUCUUUUGCGUGAAUUUGUACAGCUUGUCAUCGUUAUAUCUGACACUUGAAGUUCAAGACGAAUGUACCAGUGUUUCAACUCAA